AUGGGGGACGCACCAGAGACCAGCAAGACCCUUCGCAACUGGAUGGGCGAGCUGAGGCCGAGCGACCAGGGCGACGACGAGGAGACGCUUCAGCUCAGCCUCGGCCUCCCCGGAGGAGGCGGAGGAGGAGGAGGAACUGGGGCUGGGCUGCCACCCGCCGCCGCCUGGAGAAUGCUGUCGGCCAGAGAAAAGGAGAUGCGCUCUGCUGCUGCUGCUGCUGCUGCUGUCGACACCUCCAUGCUCUCUCUCGGCUACUCCGCCCCAGCUUUCUCGCCCCGCUCACCAGGCAAGGCAAAGGGGUCCCCAGCAGCGGCUACAGAGAAUGCCCGGCUUGCAUCCACCAACAACGCCUCCCAGGCAAGGCAAAGGUCUCCAAAUACCCCGGUUAUUGGGUGGCCUCCGGUUCGUGCAUUCAGAAGAAAUCUGGCUACCUCUAGCAAAGCAUCCCUUGAACAUCAGAAUGGGAAGAAAGCAGACAAACCUGAACAGACUACAAAAAGAGCUCCAUUUGUAAAGAUUAACAUGGAUGGCAUCCCUAUUGGUAGAAAAAUCGAUCUGAAUGCCCUUGGCAGUUACGACGAGCUGUCUCUGUCUGUUGACAAGUUAUUCCGGGGGCUUCUUGCAGCACAACAAGACCCUCUGGAUGCCGGCACGAAGGAGCGUUCACAGGAAGAGGUGGCAAUAUCGGGUUUACUAGAUGGAACUGGGGAAUACACUCUGGUUUAUGAGGAUUAUGAAGGUGAUAGGGUGCUGGUUGGUGAUGUCCCCUGGGGGAUGUUUGUUUCUUCGGUGAAGAGGCUGCGAGUUCUGAAGACAUCUGACCUCUCUUCAUCUGUCACUAACAGCAUCAGGCCGGAAGAGGACGGUAACUGA